AUGUCAGAAGGUACGAGUUUAUCUCAAGGCGACAAAAAGGAUAAAGCUAAGACUAGGUCGAGUAAUAGAACGUCAAGGAAUAAUGGCAGACAUAGACCAAGUAAAUCCAAAUCAUCGGCAAUAGCAGAAAAGAAGACAAACAAGAAAACUUCCAAGCCAAGAGAUAUAAAUAGUGAUUACAAGGUACUUGAAAUAUUUAAGUUAAUUAGAAAAUUCAAACCUGUUACUAUUAAUGGUAUCCCGGUGACAAAUAUUCUUAAGCAAGAGGAAAAAAAGGAAAAAGAAGAGGAACAGAAGAGUAUAAUACAUGCAGAGGAGACCAAUCAAAGUAAAGAAAAGAAGCAAAAGCAAGCAAAAAAUAAGAUACAAAAUGACGUACUCAAGAGCUAUAUAACUAGAAUAUUCACGAAUCAACCAAAUAAACCAAUUUACUUUUCAUUCGUCAUAAAGCCGUCAGAUCCCGACUUUCCAUUCGAUUUAGAAUCUUUGAAACUAAGCUUAUGCAUACCAUAUACAUAUCCAUAUAAUAAAGAGUCAAAACCAUCGAUUUACAUUUUGAAUGAUGAAAUACCUAAAGGUUUUGCUGUUAACAUCGAGUUAGGGUACAAGAGGAUUGUGGAGAUAGCUAUGAACAACGAGACUGACGAAGAAAUAGAACUAGUCAGCGGUAAGGGGUUGUUAUCCCAAUUGCAAACCCUUGAUAAAUAUUUAGAACUCUUCUUAAAACAAAAGAAGAGAGAUACAAUAAAAUUUGUUAAGCUGAAGAAAAAAACAACUCCUCAGAUGCAUAUGUUAGAUACCCCAUCCAGCUCACCUGUACCUACUCCAAAGUCCAUAUCUCCAUCUCCGUCACCAUCUCCAGUCAUUUCGGAUCAGAGAAAUCAAUUGAUAGGCGAAAUGAUCAACAAAUUGGGACCAAAUGUGAAGUUAUUGAAAAAGAAUCCAACCACGAAAUAUAAAAUAAUCUUACCAGUGCAUGCUGAACAUACCGAUAAUCCUUUAAAACCAGUUCCACCAGAGAUAUGGAAUUUACACGGCAGUUUAGAGAUCUUUUUGAAUAUUCCUUUUAAUUACCCAGAAUCUAAACUUACCAUUACUAUACCCACCAACUUUAGUGAACAUUUACUUGCAAAACAUGGUGAUAUUAAGGACUUACAAACUAUUAAAUUGACGGAACAAAACGUAGUCCGCAAUUUUGGAGCCUACAAAUUUAGGGAUGUUAACUUAACAUUUGUUAUUAAUUGGUUUGGUAAUUAUUUAGGUGUGUUCUGUUUGAAUGAAAAAGAAUUUAAUAGCACCGCAGAGCUUUUAUUGUGA